CUUUUCCCCAGCGCCGCUGACCGUUUCCCCUGUUUUCUGCGAGGGGGGCUCCCCUCCCCGCCGAGAGCACGUAGGCAAGUCCGGAGCAACGUGGCGCUCUUCGGUCCCUACUGUAGGGCAAGUGAAGCUUUCGUGGGCCUCCAGCUUCCCGGGGCUCCCGAAGGAGCAACAAUUUCUGCUCCUGCCUCUGUCCUUCUGCGGCGGCGCGGACAUCCAGGAUGCGAUCCUGGCAAAGGGAGAGCUUUGCCCCGGGGGCGUCCCAGCGGCGAGCCCUCUACCGUCGGAAUGCGGGACGUCCCUUCAUUCUCGCCGCUAAAGUCCAGGGCUGGGAAGCGCUGAACCGCUGGUUGAAGUUUCGAUCCCUUAAGGGGCUUCCGGGCCGACACUUCUCUUCUCUUUCUCGAGUUGGGAAACAAAACUUUUUUGUGGGGGGGAGCCGUGUGCGCCGCUUCCAUCAAACAUGGGACAAGCGUUGUUCGUCCUCCUGCUGACAUCAGCAAUCUCACUCCUUGGAGGACUGAUCUUUGGCUAUGAACUCGGAAUCAUCUCAGGAGCCCUGUUGCAGCUGCAGGUGGUUUUCCAUCUUCGUUGUAUUGAGCAGGAGGUCCUUGUGAGUGCCUUACUCAUUGGAGCUCUCAUAGCUUCUUUGGUUGGAGGAAUCUUUAUUGACCGGCAGGGAAGACGGAAAGCAAUAUUGCUCAGCAAUGCAGUUUUGCUGUGUGGCAGUCUCAUCCUGACACUUGCUAGAUCACUUAUUUGGCUGGUGGCUGGACGUCUGACUGUAGGUUUUGCCAUUUCUUUAUCAUCUAUGGCGUGCUGCAUAUAUGUCUCUGAAAUGGUGGCUGCCCAUCAGCGAGGGGUAUUGGUAUCCCUUUAUGAAGCUGGAAUCACCAUGGGCAUCUUACUUUCGUAUGCACUGAAUUAUAUCUUUGCUGACACUCCUGAGGGAUGGCGAUACAUGUUUGGCUUGGCUAUUGGCCUGGCCGUCAUCCAGCUUCUCAGCAUCCUGUUCCUCCCCAACAACUCCAAGACUUUCAAGGCACACUACAGUGUGACUCAUAGUAACCUCAUUCAAUCUCACAAGAAUGAAGAUGGUGAAGACAUAAUAUUUCCAUGCCCCAUGGAGAAGAAUUAUUCUCUUGUCGAUCUCCUCAGAUCAAAGGACAAUAUGAGAAACAGGACUUUGGUUGGCCUGGGAUUGGUCCUCUUUCAACAGUUCACCGGACAGCCCAAUGCCCUCUAUUAUGCAUCGACUAUCUUCCGUUCUGUGGGAUUUCAAACUGAUUCCUCUGCUAUCCUAGCCUCUGUUGGUCUAGGGGUGAUGAAGGUUAUCGCAACUCUGUUUGCCAUGUUUUUUGCAGAUAAGGUUGGCCGAAGGGUGUUGCUGAUGGCUGGAUGUUUGGUGAUGUCUUUUUCAGUUAUGGUUAUUGGCCUGGUCAGCUGCUCUGUUCCAUUAGAUAUGGUUAAAGACUGCGAAACGCUCAUAGAUUCAAACAAUACUUCCUUCCGUUCACCUUCUCCCCACAUAAAUUCAGUUUCUCCCCAACCAGCUGCUUCCUAUUUCUUAUUGACAAAAGAUACUAGUGAAAUACAAGCUGAAUCAACUUUUGCUAUCAUGAGACCAGCAGUCAAUGCCAAAACGCUUACCGAUAAUAAAAGUGGAGAAAAAAGGGCAACCGUUACAUUAGAAACUGAGAAAACUCCAUUUCUCACCCAGUCAGUGGAAGAAAAAGAAUGGGAUACCAAUUCUUCAAUGAGUGGGGCCUCUUCCAAGCAGCACAUGCUCCUAAACUGGAUUACACUCCUGAGCUUGAUGGCCUUUGUAAGUGCAUUCUCAAUUGGAUUUGGACCAAUGACAUGGCUUGUCCUCAGUGAGAUCUAUCCAGCUAGCAUACGAGGGAGAGCUUUUGCAUUCUGCAAUAGUUUCAAUUGGGCUGCCAAUUUACUAAUCAGUCUUACAUUCCUUGACAUCAUUGAUAUCAUUGGCUUGUCGUGGACUUUCAUUUUCUAUGGACUGGUGGGAUUGGCGGCUGUAUUAUUUAUUUAUUUAUUUGUACCUGAAACCAAAGGACAGUCUCUGGAAGAGAUAGACCAUCAGUUCUCAAAGAAGCGGUUGCUGCAAAGGAAUAUAUGCUGGCACCAACUAUGGCACAGAAGAGAUAUCUAUACACGUGCUCAAUAUCAAAGAGUAGACAAUUCUAAUGCUUCCUGAAAAAGGAGCCAUCACUCGUGACGUGACAUAAUGGUUACCUAUAUCAUGCUGGAAGUUUUAUGGUGACUUUCCCAAAAAAAGAAAUUUUGGUACCAUUUCAUGACAAUCUUGUAUUUAUGUAGGUGACAAUAUAAUUCUUUUUUUAUAUAUAUAAAUAUACAUAUUUUGUUAUGUGUAGAAUCUAGCAUUCCAGCCCCUGGAGGAAGUAUAUCUGGUAUGUUCAUAUAUUUUAUAAAUAUUUGAUGAAUAAAAUAUAUUUGAGCCUA